AUGCUGGAAGCAAUGAUGGAGGGUGGUAUUGCUCCAGCGAAUGCUGAGAAGAGAACGCGCUGUCAGCACAUUGGUUGUGAUGAGUACUUCACUGAGGCGAACAAUCCAGAAGGAGCCUGCAAGUACCACCCGGGCCUAACAAGAGUCUCUUCUCCUUUUCCCUGUGCUCCUCCGCUUGUAUGCCACUUUCUUCAAUCAUGCCACCACUUUCAGCCGCCUGUUUUCCAUGAUGGUGGCAAGGAGUGGGGCUGUUGCAAGCAGAGGAGUCACGAUUUUGGGCUCUUCAUGAGCAUCCCAGGGUGUACCAACGGAAAGCACUCCUCCGAAAAGCCAGCAAAACCAGCCCCCAGUCCAAACAAGCCCCUGCUUCCCCCUACGUCUGCUGCCGGCUCUCAAGCUGGUGUGAAAGCGGACUGUCCUCGAUGCAGACAGGGCUUCUUCUGCGCAGAUCACCGGAGUAUACCAGGGGUGACCGCCAAAUCCAUACAACCCGCAAAAGCGCCCGCACCCAUCCCCCCCGCCACCGCUCCCCCCCCUAAAGAAAAGAAGGUCGUCGGGCUAGACGAAACGCAGGUGUGCAAGCACAAGGCCUGCGGACAAAAGUUUACGGAGCGGGAAAACCACGACGCAGCAUGUAAAUACCACCCGGGGCCUGCCGUUUUUCAUGACCGAAUGCGAGGGUGGGCUUGCUGCGACGUGCACGUGAAGGACUUCGACGACUUCAUGGCUAUUCCACCGUGCAAAGAAGGCUGGCAUGACGCAGACCCGUCUUAGAACGUAUGCAUGACAAUCGGCAGGUAAUCUGUUCACCAGGUGACCUUCGAAAGGUAGUGACCCACUGGACGAUUUAUGUACUGUAUAUGCCCGUUAUUUGCUGAUUCGCCACCAGCAGUGGCAACACAUCUCCCAAGUGGAAGAGCUGCGUGGCACAAACUUUGGUUGGACAGAAGGGCCUUGAAAGCCUUCUCGGAUGCCUGUGUGGCAUCGGCUGAACUGAACGACCCCGACCCA